AUGCAAAUGAGUUCGCAGCAGCAGCAGCAGCAGGACAGGCAGGAGCAAAAUCUGCAGUCGCAUCAUCAUCGUCAUCAGCAGCAGCAGCACAAUCAUCAGCAGCAGCACAAUCAGCAGCAGCAGCAGCAGCAGCAGUUCGAGCGUCGUCAUCACGAUCACCGUAACACUCAGCAGCAGCAGCAGCAGCACGAUCAGAAUCGCAAUCACCAUCGCCGCCGGGCGGAUCGCGAGCGGCACGACGCCACUCCGCUGCCCAGCGCCUUCGUCGAGAGCCUGCGGCCUCUGUUUGCCGCGUUGGACGACGGCGGGCGAGGCGCCGUGCACGUGACCGAGAUAGAAUCUCGCUGGGGCGGCGGCGGCGGCGGCGGCGUCGGCGGCGGAGUGCUCGCCGCCCUCCGGAGGGAGGCUUCUCCCGGAGGUCACCUGACCUUCGAGCGCUUCGCCGCGGGUUUGGGUCGCGCCGCCGAGGAGGUGGACGCGACGGAACCGCCGCCGCCGCCGGAACCGCCGGCGUGGCCGGCGUCGCCGGCGCCGCCGACGACGGCGGCGACGCGUCUUCGGCCCGCCAGCGGAGGUGCCGGUGCCUGGGCGGCUGCCGGAGCCGGUGUCGGUGGUGCCGCGUGGGAGAAGCGGGCGUCAUUGGCCACGCGCAGUCUGCAGUCGCUGGACGGCCUGGACUCCCUGGGACCAUCACACAGUACACCACCAUCACACGGUACACCAUCACAUGGUACACCAUCACCGCCAUCACGGGUCUCGACCAUCACUCGGUACACCAUCACUCGGCGGAGGCAGUGCAGCAGCAGGAGGCACUGGCGUCCUGCUCUGCGCGCCCUCGACUCAGCCCGGGUUCGGCUCCAGGACGAGGUCACGGGGAGGGGGCGGAGGGACGGAGGGGCUCCCCCGCAGGGUCACCCGGCGGACGUGAACCCGGCCCGCCUGGGGCAGCUCUACCACAGGAUCCAGGAGGCGACGCGGAUCCUGGCAGAGGUGACCGAGUCGGCAAAGGCCGGGACUUACGGAGCGGAAGGCUGCGGGCCCCCCAUGGCCCCCAUGCCCCCCAUGGCCCCCAUGGCCCCCAGUGCCAGCGUGUUGCAGCAGGCACUGGGCGUCCUGCGUGACCAGAACCGGCUGCUUACGCGGGAGGUCUCCGAGAAGAGUGACCGCAUCUCUCAGCUGGAGCACGAGAAGUCGCUGCUGAUCCAGCAAGCUGUUCGAGGCUCGCUCACGCCACCGACGGCAAACGCCAGCCUCCUCCUCGCGGACUCCACCUUCAUUUGAACGCCGCGGGGCCGGGCGCUGACCCUCGGCACGACCUCGCCACCGCGACGCGCCCGCCGAGCCCCAAGUCUCGCCCCCUGCUACCGCCUUGUACCACCGCCGCCACCCCCCCCCCCCGCCAUCCCGCCCCGGGAUAUCGGCGCAACCUCGUUGCAGCGGACGAGGGUCCGCGCGACGCCACGGACGAGUUGCCGCAACCGGCGGCGGCUGUCAUUGGCGGCGUCGGCGGCGGUGGCGGCGUCUGGAGCCCGGCCGCGACGCCACGCGGGGGAGAAGAAACGACGCGGCGGGAGCAGCAGCAGAAGCAGUAGAAGCAGCAGCAGAAGUAGAAGCAGAAGCAGCAGCAGAAGCAGCAACAGAAGCAGCAGCAGAAGCAGCAGAAGCAGUAGAAGCAGUAGAAGC